UGCUAUCACAGCUUAAGCUGACACAUCACCACUAGCUCCAGCGCAUUUGGCAGCUUUUUAUUCAAACUCUACAAUAUACGCGCACAAAUUCGGUUGCUGGCAAUUUGAAUUUCAGUUAAGUUUUUGCGCUGCAAAUGCGCGGUCGGGUUUGUGCGAAUUUCUCUUAAAACUUAAACACUUUGAGUCGGUGGAAAUUAGUAUUUUGCAUUUAUUAAUACACAACAGCAAACGAGCUGUGAAAUGUGUUUGAAUUUAUAAUCAGGUGCAUAUUCAACACCGGCCAUAUUAAAACCAAAUUUAAGAAAGUGUAUAUACUUAAAAAAAAGGAGCGCCUAUUUAAAAUUUGUUACGAAAUUUAUUAACCUUUUACAAGCUGUCGUAAAAUGUCGCAGUAUCGCAGUAAAAUGUGUUGCUCUGGCAGCAUAUCCUUUUGUUCAUCCAUUUUUGUGUUCACUUUGCUGCUAAUUUGGCUGCAAUGGCGCUGCAUUACAGUCAAUGCUUUUGAAGAGAAUGAUGCAUUUUGCAUACGCACCCAACCAAUGUUACUGGCGGAUAUUGAGAAGCAUGUUAAUCCUUUGGAAGGUGAUCCCAAUUGCAAAGUGCUGGCCACAACGUUGACCGUUAAAGAGAAGGACAGCUUCCUAGACACCAUGUGUAAGGAUCACGGUACAUCGUAUAAGGAUACAUAUUACUUCUUCAAAUUGCGCAAUGGUGAACUUAGAGGGCGAGGUACACACAAAGAAAUUUGCGAUGGCAUCAAAAAUCCUUUGCUUGCCUGGGUGCCAUAUAAUAUGGUUUUGGAGAAUUUUGCACAGGAAUUGAAUCCAAAGGACCAACUGAGUUAUAUUGGCAAAGCCACGGAUUUGGAACGCGAAAAAACAGAACUCUGUCACUUCAGCCACACCGAUCUUGUUACGAACAUUACAUCAGAUCUUUUUGCCUGCAUUGUCAUGAUUUUCGAGGAUAACUUUUACGGUCUAGAUGCCAGCAUCAAUGUGCUAAUCGAAAUACAGCCACUCAUGUACGAGCUGCGCAACGUCACCUACUUGCCUUGGGUGAAUGUGUCCACCAGCUACAAAACCUUGCUCGACCGCACAACGCUCCACAAUCCAAGUCGUGAGCCAAAACAAAUCUAUGGCAGCAUAAAAUAUGAGUUUGUCGAGAAAGUGCAUCUAAACGUGAGCACUGUCUAUAGCCACAAUUUGGAUCAGUUGCCGCUAUUAUUUGAGCAUGCGGGUGCAGUGCUGGAAUUGAAUGACGUGGGAGUCGGUGGUGUGGAUGUAUCGACGGUAAGGCAUACAACUUUACAAAUUAACUUGCCUUUUAUUAUACCCGAGCGCACUUGGGAGAAAUAUAUAAUGUACCAAGCGCCAUAUAAAAAGAAAUUGCGUUACGAGCUAGAAAGAGCAAAGACCAAGGAAUCCAUGACAGAAUCUGCGCAAAAAUCCUAA